AUGUUGUUGGAGCAUCACGCGAUUUACCCCGCCCGGGUUUUCGGGGAAGGCCGGUUGUUGAUGGAUGAAACCCUCGCCGGAGGGGGGCUGCUCGGCGUGGAUGUCUGUGGAGGGGUGAAGUUGUGGCCGUAUCAUAAAUACCGCGUCGUGGAGUUGGUCCCGCCCGCGGCGAUCACCCAGACCCGCGACGUCGUCGCGCAUUCCCAAAAGGAUUCCGCGACGGAAACGACGAUCCCGGCGCGGUUGGUGUAUGAAUUCCCGACCCUUCCGCCAACCCCCACGGCCCCUUCGGCGUUCAGAGAAGGGGAAAUAAAACGCGGCAAACGCGCCCGGGAUUCCACCUCGGAGGCGGUUGGAAACGAAACGGAUCCCGGGCAACCGGGCCUGCCCCGCCUGCCGAGCUUUUUCGAUGAGGAUCAGCGGGCGAGGAGUAAAAAAGCCCGCGCGCACAACAUUAAGGAGGUCCUCAAGGGCGUCAACGCUUCCGUUAUCGGCGAGGCAAAGCUGCGUUAUCGCAGGAAGAAAAACAUCGCCAAAUACAACUGCUGA